AUGGUGUCCAUCGUGCCAUUGAAAGAGAAGAAGCUUGUGGAGGUUAAACUUGGAGGGCUGCCGAGCUGGAUAUUGAUGUGGGAUUUCACCCCCAGUGGUACUGCAGGAGCCUUUCGGAGAGGCUAUGACCGGUAUUACAACAAGUAUAUCAACGUUCGGAAAGGCAGCAUCUCAGGGAUUAACAUGGUGCUGGCAGCCUAUGUGGUUUUCAGCUACUGCAUUUCUUACAAGGAACUCAAACACGAACGGCGAUGCAAGUACCACUGAAGAGGGGUCACUGUGGAGAACACUGCAUGGCCAAGCAUAACC